UAUAUAUGGUGCAUAAAAAAACAUUAGGUGGUUAAGAUUGGAAUUGAUGACAAAUACUAUGCAGCAAUAAUGCAACUUGGUCUUACUAGUUUUUCUGGCUGUAGAUUAGAAACUAUCAAGGGAUAAACACAUGAACGUGAUGCCUAAAUAAUUCAUAGCUUCUGGUCUCCAACCUUCACUCACACUACACACACACAUACAGUAUGCACACUUGGAUCUAGCAGUACUUGGCGAGCUGGUUAUCUGUAACCGUAUUUUGUAGAGACUAGGUAAGUGUCUGUUGUGUCUGCAGUAAGUGAGUGUUGUUGUUUUUUUCGGUUAUGAAAUGUUACAAGGAAUCAAAAUGAAGUGUUAAUUCGCUUUUUAACGAUAAUCCACUCAGUAUAAUUGACGGAUACAUUUUGAAUUAAGAUGAUCAAAUGUCGGCAGUUUGUCUCUGUCCUAUUCAUACAUACUCAUAUAUCACAUUAAACACUUUAAAAUCAUGAGUAUGGUUAAAAUCACUUGGAUGGUACGUACUCUGACUUUUAAUAGCGUUGCGCUUCUAACUUUCCCAUAGCAACCACAGACUUGUCUUCCUGUAAAUGAUUGAUUAAAACCCAUGAUAGGUGUGCAGAGACAAAGAUGGUGUCCCCGGCCAUCGCAUUGGCUUUCCUCCCCCUCCUGCUGACGCUCCUCAUCCGAUAUCGUUUCUACUUUGCGUUGUUCUACCGAGCGGUCCUGGUCCGCCUUUGGAAGGACUGCAUUACCGGUCUGAGCCGUGAAGAGCGGGCUUACCAGUAUGUUCUCACCCAUGCCAUACCCGGGGACCCUGACAGCAUCCUGGACACUUUUGAUGAGUGGUGCAGCAAGGUGGAGUACAUCAGUAAUAUUGGACCUAAAAAGGGAAAGAUUCUGGACCGGCUGCUGCUGGAGCAGAGGCCUCUGACGGUCCUGGAAUUGGGGACCCACUGCGGUUACAGCACUGUGCGUAUGGCCCGGGCUCUACCAUUGGGUGCCAGAAUCUACAGCGUUGAGAUGGAUCAGAGGAAUGCUGCCAUAGCUGAGAAAAUCAUCCGCCUGGCAGGCUUUGACGAUGACACAGUCGAGCUGAUUGUGAAUCCGUCGGAUGAAGUAAUCCCACGGUUGCGAUCUGAUUUUGGUUUGGAGAGACUGGAUUUGGUCUUCAUGGACCACUGGAAGAAAUGCUACUGUACUGAUCUGCAGAUGUUGGAAGGUUCUGGUCUACUUGGGAAAGGAUCUAUAAUUAUGGCAGACAAUGUGCUGUUUCCCGGCGCUCCCAAAUUUCUCAGACACAUUCGCAAGAGCGGCUUGUACGAGUGGAAGAUCCACCGCGCCACUCUGGAGUACAGCAAGGGUAUCAGGGAUGGGAUGGCAGAACUGGUGUACCAGGGGAUUAUGUAGACCAAUACAAGUGCAAGUCAGCCUCCAUCCAGCAUUUAUGGAUGGCUACAGAUUGGAGAAUGUCUGUGCAUGGUUAAUUCUAAAAGUCCCUCGAUCUACUUACAUUUACAAAAUAGUAAUACAAAAUGUAAUGCAGAAAGUGAAACUGGUGGUUUUGAUGUUAACUAUAUUUUACAUGGAUUUUGAAAAACCUCCCAAAUUAUG